CGAACGCAUCAAUAACUUCCGGUGUGCAUGCGGUCAUAUUUUUCUGACGAAAGUUUGACAUUGACACAAUUUCUUCAAUUAAUUACACAAAACAGAAACUGACAGCUUAUUGCAUUUAUAAAAUAUUGUAUAAUUUAUUGUUUUAAACAGAUAAAAUAGCAUGUCGCUGUCUAGAAUUUUAAAUUCAAUCGGUGGAGUCGGUUUUGGGUUGAUUGUCGCCGGGUCGGUUGCGAAUUCUGCAUUAUAUAAUGUUGAUGGCGGUCAUAGAGCUGUAAUAUUUGACAGAUUCCGUGGUGUACAGGAGCAUGUUGUAGGAGAGGGCACACACUUUCUCAUCCCCUGGGUUCAGCGACCAAUCAUAUUUGACAUCAGAGCAAAGCCCAGAAAUAUCCCUGUAGCCACAGGAAGCAAGGAUCUGCAGACCGUGUCGAUCACAUUGAGAAUACUGUUCCGACCCAAGCAGGACAAGUUGCCUUCCAUUUAUACAAACCUCGGUAUCGAUUAUGAUGAAAGAGUCCUGCCUUCAAUUACCACUGAAGUCCUAAAGGCUGUCGUGGCCCAGUUUGAUGCCGCCGAGAUGAUCACGCAGAGAGAAGUGGUUUCCAACAAAGUACGAGAGGCCCUGAUAACAAGAGCAGAAACAUUCAGCAUCCUGCUUGAUGAUAUUUCACUGACCCACCUCACAUUCGGCGCAGAGUUCACACAGGCUGUAGAGGCCAAGCAGGUGGCACAACAGGAGGCAGAAAGGGCAAGAUACCUCGUAGAAAAGGAAGAACAAGUAAAGAAUGCGUCCAUCAUCCGAGCGGAAGGUGAAAGUGAGGCUGCCCUCAUGGUUGCCAAGGCAAUAGGCGAGGCUGGAGAAGGCCUUGUGGAGCUACGUAAGAUUGAGGCCGCGGAAGAAAUAGCAGCUAACCUGGCAGUAUCAAGAAACGUGGUGUAUUUGCCUCCUGGACAACAGGCAUUACUGGCAUUGCCACAGUGAUAUGAGACAAAAUCAUCUGUGGAAAACAUUGAGUCAUGAUUACAGAUACAUGAACAAAUCAAUGAAGUUUUGAGCAUUGAUGUUGUGUUUGGAUAUGAAGUGUAUUUUCAUAUUAAGUUAGAUCAAUGUUUUGACUCACCAUAAAGGAAAAAUCCUCAUACGGUUGAAUAUUUUACCAAUUGAAUCAUGAUGAUCCCAAAUUAUCUGUGUGUUCACAAUUCACGAUUGCUAUUUGUUCAUUCAAGUAAUAGUGGCGCUGCUAUAAUACAGAAUAUUCAAUAAAUAUUUCAGCAGGAACAAUAUAUGUCAGAUUUUAUUUGAAAUGUUAAUGACCUAAAUUUCGAUUUGUUUAAAACAUUUUUAGAAUGUUUUGUGUAUUUCAGGUUUUGUACAAGAAAAAUAAUAAAUGCUGUAUCAAAAA